CCUAGGCGAAAACACACAGACAUGGUAUAGAAUAAUAAGUUUAUUCAGGAUGGAGGAUGAGAGUUAAUGGGGUAGUGGAGACAGAGAGAGGCAGAGAGAGUGUGUAGAUAAGUACAGACUGGCCAUGACCAUGUGGAAAAAGGUAGGAGGGGAGGAGAGCCCAGGAAUUUCUUUACAGUCCAGGACUUACUGCCCUGAUGCUGAAUGGGAGGAGCUGAGGGAAAAGAAAGUACUUACUGCAGUCCACAUCUCACUGAACUUGCCAGUGUGCCUGCAACCUGUUCAGAGAAGAAGUUUUACCUGUGCACCCCUUCUCCGAGGAUGAAUACUUCUCGUGCUGCAAAGUCCUGUGUGCUCAUCCUUCUUGUGGCCCUACUGUGUGCAGAAAGAGCUCAGGGGCUGGAGUGCUACCAAUGCAUGGAUGUCCCAGUUGGGGUUCCCUGCCCAAUUGUUUACUGCCCCGACACUGAUAGGUUCUGUGUUACUCAGGUGGCAGAAGACCUUUUUGGCUCUCAAAAACUAAAAAUAAAGCGCAGUUCUUGCGUUCCUUCCUGCCCUUCUCAAUCUGAAAAUAUGCCAUUCCCGGGUCCUAGCUACUUCAUAGUGAAGACUUACUGCUGUAUCGAAGACCUCUGCAAUGCUGCAGUUCCCACUGGAGGCAACACCUGGACCAUGGCAGGGGUGCUUCUGUUCAGCCUGGGCUCAGUCCUCCUGCAGACCUUGCUGUGAUGGCCCUUCCAAUGACCCCCCACCUUUGUCCUUUGUUCCUCCUGUGUAACCACUGCUUCCUGGAGCCCUCUAGUGAUGAGUUAUGAGUUACAGAAGCUCUGAGGUGGGGGUAGGGGGUGGAACACCUUGCUUCAACUUUAUAGCCCUGCUGGGUGGGUGCCCCACUGCUCUCUCAGCUUUCAGAUCUGACUUCCUGGAAUAUGAUUUUGUUUUGGCUUGCUAACCUUGGCCUUGUAGGCAUGUGGCCAGCACAGAGAAGAGGCAGAAUUCCAAAGUAUUAUGCCACCACCAUCUAAACAUAAACAUAUGGGGUCCUGCAGGGUUCCAAUGUGUACUGCUCAAUGUCCCCCUGUUGAGUCCAAUAAACCCUUUGUUCUCCCA